AUGGUUGGGCGCACCAGCAAUAACAACGGCGGCAACGCGCGGGUUAAUACUAAUUAUAUACAAUACAAAUUUAUAACCCGCGAAGCGAUAAACGCUUUAACGGAAAUCCCCAAAGGCAUUUUGCUUUACCAUCGAAUAACCAUUAAACAAUACCGCCAAAUUUAA